AUGCAGUUUGACGAGUAUGUAGUGUGCGACGCCAGCGGAGUAAAGAACGUUGUUUACGACGUACCCUCUGCCUCGUUGGACGAGCAGCUGGACGCCAUCGACUUGCAGAUUCGCAGUUUGACGGACGAAGAGAUAGUGUUUGACUUAAUUGGCGUCGAUGUCUCCAUCGCAAACGCGCUGCGGCGCAUUAUGAUGGUGGAGGUGCCGACAAUGGCCGUAGAGACCUGCCACAUUUAUCAGAAUACAGGCGUCUUGCAAGACGAGGUGCUGUGCCACCGCAUCGGACUCGUGCCGUUUAGGGUGAACCCUAACGACUAUCAUUUCCGCAAAAGCUCGGACAUCUUUAGCUCGGAAAACUCGCUGGCGUUUCAGCUUAACGUGAUGUGCCCGCAGGGCGCGCCCGUCAUGAACAUAUACAGCCGAAUGCUAAAUUGGGUGCCAUUUUCCGAAGAUGAACGGGAAGCGUGCAAGGACCCGCCUCGACUGGUGCACGACGACAUUCUCAUCACGAAACUCGCGGCUGGACAGGAGAUCGAAGCGACUUUUUACCUGGAGAAGGGCACGGGCAAGACGCACGCGAAGUGGUCUCCAGUGUGCACUGCUUCGUAUAGGUUGCUGUCGAUUCUGCGACUGAAGCGGCGUGAGGACGGCUUGUUGUGCGAACUCACGGCGGAGGAGCUUACAGAGCUGCGCGAGCUACAGUCUGACUUGACAUUCGAUCCAGUGUCGGGCGAAGCGGCGAUUGUACGGAACAACGCUGUAUACCACGUCGCACUGGAACGCUUCCCUGAGAAGCUCGAGCAUUUACGUAAAAAGCGGCAUUUUCGAUUUACGGUCGAAAGCACUGGCGCGCUUCCCGCGCUGCAGAUCGUGCAGUCCGCGCUGCAGCUGCUGCUGAGCAAACUAGCGACGUUGAAGAAGCAGUUCAGCCUGAGCGCGUGA